AUGUUCAUCAAACACAAGUUUGCAACGAACACGGACAAAAAUACCAAUCCGCGGGACCUUCUUGGAAGAUUUGCUUCUGAAUGGAAAUCUGCCUCCGAAGAGGUUAAGGCACCAUUUGUGAAGACACAUAAGGAGGCAGCUGCUGAGUAUGCAAAAGAAUAUCAAGCGUGGAAAGAGAAAUAUACUGUUCGUUCUCCGUACAUGAACUUUUUCAUGUCCGUUUACCCUAAACGAGUCGUCAAAGAUUUCAACCAAAAUAGCUCGAUCAUGAAACAGAUUGCUGAAGAAUGGAAGGCUUUAUCACCAGAGCAAAAAGAGUCAUACAGAUCGAAAGACUAA